AUCCUCAUUUAUGUCCUCUCCCUAUAAAUAUCCGUUUUUUCGCCUCUAAGAUAGCUACUAUGCAAUGAAGGAUUGACACAAUAUUUCACAAGGACCAUGGCAUUGAAGAAAAUCAACUCUUAAAACAGGAACAUCGGCUUCUAUGCCACUCACAAUGUCAUCUACAAAUGACAAGAACUUGUCUCUAUCAUUAUGUACUAUAUUGGAUAGUUUUGGGUACAGUAAAGAGCAAAUUGAACUUCGAUCAAAAGCAUUAGACGAUUGUAGUAAAAUAAUUCCACAUAGAGCCGGUGAAAUUCGUUUUUCUCAUACAUUACUAGUUGGUAGUGCAGGCGAAGGUGUCCAACUGUCCGACAGUGAUAUGGACGUGAUGUAUAUACUUCCAGAUAUCGUAUGCGUUGAUGAAGGCUUCGAGAAUAGUAACAUCGUAGUUCUUGAAAGUGACCGAACUUGUACGGCACCAGGUUACACAAAAAUAGUUCUUAUUUCUAACCUUGAUUCAUUUGAUUUAAGAACAUCAUCUAUGAUUGAAAAGUACAUGUAUUUGCAAAUAAUGAGCAAAUAUCGUACGCAAUCGGGGAAAAAAUAUAUAUCUAGUGAACAAUUCAAAGGUAUUACAUUGGAUGCAAUGAAUAAGAUCUUUUGUAAGUGUUCAGGACCGGCCUUCCAACCAAAUGAUGAUUUAAAAGUACAAAUAGAUUCAGUGAUAA